GACGUGCUGAACGCGAUCCACCGCGCGAUGCAGACGCAGAUCAGCCAUGUCGACUGGGCGCGGCUGAGCAAGAGCGACGAGAUCGAGAUUGCGCGGGCGUACACGCGUAGAUGCAGGGCGUUCCCGAGCGUGGAGCAGUUCGAGGCGAGCCAGGGGGUGCGGAGGGUGGACUAUUUGUUGAAGAAGUAUAUGUUCAAGGGU